UUCUAAUAUUAUUGUUUCCUUCUUGCGUGACGCAUCCUGUCAUAGACAACAAGGCCUUCCGUGAGAAUUUCGCCAAAGGAAUGGUGAUGAAGAGUGCGUUAGGCUGAGGGAGAGUCGCCCAGGAGAGAUGUGAGGGUGUGCCGAGACCUCACAUUUUAUGCAAUGGCGGAUAUAUUUGCAACUAACCUGGACCCUCUGACGAGGGUGACCACAGGGACACCAACCAUCACCACUACCACCACCACCAGCAUUUCACCGUUCACCACUACUACCAUCACCACUACUACCACUAUCACUACCACCAGCCCUCCGGAAAACAAUACCACACCAGCCACUCCAUUUGGAAAUGAUGGGUUUUGCAAGCUUAUUUUGUACAUGGAAAUUGGGGACUCCAGGGUGCGUGUUUGGGACCUUUUGCUGCUGCUGCCGACGCUGCUUUUUCUCAUUGGUCUUCUUGUCAAGAUAAACAGUGCAAGACUCAAGUUACGUGCUGUACACAGCCCCAUAUAUGCAACAUUUUAUGGCCUGAUUUGGCUUAACACACUGAUAUCAGUGGCAAGAUGUGUGGUAUCCAUGACAGUUAAUGCAGCUACUCCCUCUGGAGAUGUGGCCAACAAAUUAUUGUACGUUAUUGUACGGUUCUUUUUGCUGGCCACCGAGAUGAGUGUUGUGGUUUUUGCCGUUUUUUUUGGACAUCUGGACAACAAGACCAGUAUCAGGCGGGUGCUGGUCGUGACCUCCAUGAUUGCCCUGCCGUACUCCGUGGUUCAAGGGGCCCUCGAGGUCAUGACUCCAGACCAUGAUUUUGAUGUUCCUAGCAAGGACUAUGAGCUGUUUGGUCAUGGUGGCUCUCUCUUCUGGCUCAUCUCUUCCAUUAUUUUCACAUUGAUCUAUUCUUUCAUCUUGGUGUUGAGAUUGGACUGGCUAAGGAAGCGCUUUCUGUUUCUCUUAUGGAUGCCAAUGAAGCGUGCAUUUUAUGUGUACCUAGGAUUCUUAGCAGUACUGAAUUUGAUUCAGAGUAUCGGGAGUGGUCUCUAUCACAUUCACGAGGCUGCUGGUCUCUGUCUCGUCAAUGCUACCACUUGGACCUACUUCUCUCUCCUCACUCCUCUAAUCUACUAUACUUUUAUAUCAGAAUUCUUUGGCCAGAAGAGUCGUGAGCAAGUAGAGAAUAUUGUCUUCUCUUAUAAAUCAGAAGAUGACGACGACACCACUUCGUUACCUCUUCCGGGAACUGAAUUUCCCCAGCAGAAUAUAUAUCAGGCAAGUGGUGCUCCCUACAGCAGCUUGUCUGAAGAGGUAACUGGUGAGGGCCAGACCCCAGUGAACCCCCUCUACACCGCUUCCCUCCAAAGUCCAGACUCCAUCACUGGCUACUCCAUUAACUCCGUCGAUGAUAUUACCAUCAAUGCAUACAACAAGUCUCAAAUGCAGUGAAUUGGUAAUAAUAAGACUAGAUGAGGAAGUACAAUUCUGUAGGAGCAGGACAAAAAUAAUCUUCUGUGGCAUUUUUUGUACAGUGUAGCAUUGUUCUUUUUGUGUGAAAUAAGUUUGUGAUUCUGUACAAAUCAGAACUCAGAUAUUGACAACAUCACUACCAGAGUUACCAAGGUUUUAUAUUUUUUAAUAUUUGUGAAUAGUUUGGUCUAUUUUGGUAUUUAAUCAUAACUGUAUGAACUUCAUGAAACAAAGUUUGUGAAUGGAAACUUCCAACACAUUUAUCGUACAUUGUGUUUUAUAGAGUGUAGCAUA